UGUAGCAGUUGCAUAUAUCAGUUGCACGCUGCGUGUAGCUGGACCGGGUUAAUUCAAGCAGGCUAGGUGGCUAUUUGUCACCAGUCCGUUUCGAAAGGGGUGUCAGUAAACCUAUUAUCAUCGUCACCAACAACAACGUACCCUGACACGGGUAAAAGGAUGUGAUAUGUGCGCCAAGUAGUCUGGAUACCUGUGUUUAUUCUUCGGUACUGGUUAUGGCAUCUCCUCGCAAAGUACGAACCGUUGCUGAAGAAGUUAAUCAUGGAGCUACACGCGCUGCUGCAGCCAGGAAACAUUGUGUUCAGCAGACAGACCACUGUGCAGAGAGCAGGACAAGCCUCAGCGCAAGUCGCAGCUUGCCGUGAACGCCGGGCGGACAGUUGAAGCCCUUCUCGUGAAAAUUACGCGAAGAGACUUCGCCGCAAAGGCCCAGUGGUGCGCGAUGCCGAAAAUGGAGUUCCUAUGGAGCCGCUCCUCCGGUUUACACUGUACUGUGCUGCUUGUACCACGCAGGCCUGAUUUAUUUUGUUAUUGUUUUUUUUUUUGGUCAGUUUCUUUCUUUAAAUCAUGCGAAGGAUUAAUUGAAAAAGAAAGAACAGCGCGUGAAGAAAGUGACAAAAAGCCACACAGGGUGGGCGCUAGGUCAAGGUUAAUUGCAAUUAGAGAACUUCAGACGAUGCCAUCGAAGUACGGGGUUACAGGACAGCCGUUUAUGUUUGGAAGCAUUUCAACACGUUUCUCAGCAAAACCACGCUCAAUUGCGUUCCUUUGAAAUCGAUUUCAACUCGCAUUAGUUCCGUUUACCCACUUUUUGGUUGCAGGUGAAGGAGGUUGGUGUCCUUAUGAAGAACUGCAGGCGUAUCGUCAACGAUCUCGAGAAAAUUUUCGAAGUCUAUUGGGAAACGUCAGUUGAGAAUGCCACGCUUCCUAUUAAGUGGACCGCCAAUCUCAGGACAUCUAUCAACAGCUCAAGCCCUGCACAUUUGGACCUCAAUGGCACCGGUACACUCACAUACAUAUCGAGCGCUCCUCCAUACUUCACGGCUCCCGGUAGGACAGAGGACAUUGACGCCAUCGUUGACACCAUCAGCAAAGCAAAGCAAUUUGUCUACGUCGCGGUUAUGAACUACCUACCCAUAGAUUAUUACUCUAAACCUAAAAGGUACUGGUCAGUAAUCGACGAUGCCCUGAGACGCGCCGCAAUCGAAAAUGGAGUCCGCGUCCGUCUCCUUGUGUCGAAAUGGAAUAAGACAAAACCACUGACCUGGAACUUCGUGGAGUCGCUUGCAUCACUGAAUUCCAGUGGUAUCUCCAUCGAAGUCAAAGCUAUCGUGAUUCCAGCCUUCACGGAAGAACAACGCAAAACUCCUUACGCCCGAGUGAAUCACCAAAAGAUGAUGGUUACGGACACAACCGCUUACAUCGGAACAUCGAACUGGGAGCCGAACUACUUCAUCGAGACGACAGGAGUGGGGUUGGUGAUAAACCAGAAUUCAAGUGAAUCCAUCAGAGGGGAGUUGAAGGCAAUUUUCGAACGUGAUUGGAACUCCAAUUUCACUUACUACGUCAGACCUGGCAAUAAAAGAAAACGCUCCUGACUCCUA